AUGACCAAAGCAGCACAGUCGGGUGAGAAAUCCCGCUUUACCGAUUUUUACAGUGAGCCUGUGGAUCAACUUUUAUCACCCAUCAAAGGAUAUCAGGAUAAACCAUUGGUUUCAUUGACAGAAGCUGUUGAGCCAGUAUCUGAAUUUUUUAAUGAAAUCGAAGAUAACGUUUUGGUCGCAUUACACAAUUGUCAACAUCCACCUGAUGGACUAACUCAACAAGAAUCAGCCUCCAUACAUUUAUACACAAUGCAAUUCGAUGGAUGCCCAAGUUUACAUAUAUUACUCAAUAAAGCGCUGCGCACUGCAAGUCGUCAUGCAUUGAAGCCAUGGUUCUCGUAUCUUAAAUUAUUUUUGACGGCUCUAUACAAACUCCCAUCACAGAGUAGGAGGGUCUGGCGUGGUAUUCAAGGUGUUAAUUUAACCUCAACAUACAAAAUUGGUACGAAAUUCGCUUGGUGGGGAGUAAGCUCCUGUACUGCUGACAUGGAAGUACUCGAAUCCGCUCAAUUUUUGGGUAAGCACGGGCAACGCACUCUCUUUUCCAUUGAAUGUGUCAAUGGAAUAUCUGUUGUUAAACAUUCGUACUUCAAAUAUGCGGAAAACGAAAUCAUUCUUAUGCCUGGUUCUUAUUUUGAAGUCUUGGGUCAAUUGAAUCCUGCACCAGAACUUCAUAUAAUUGAAUUAAAAGAAAUUACACCACCGAUGACACUUAUAAAGCCACCAUUUUCGAAAUCAGACGAUCGAAAGGCUUCUCCUGUUACUGGGAAAGCAAGUUACUCUUCUCCAGCAGCUCCAGCAGCGUUAGUAAGAGCUGGAAUAAAUUCUAGCAAUAGUGCUUCAAAUAAAACUACAUCAAUGACACUGGGUAUGAACUAUAUGUUUUAG